GCGGGAUUUAGGGGGCAGGCCUUCGUAAAGGUGCGGAAUGGAGUGAUGGUUCUGGUUUCAGGCAGCUGGAGCUCUCCUGGCGUCUCCUGGAGCCAUGUCCAGCGCCAAACAGCAAGUGUUCGUUGAAAAAGUGUUGAAGAGACUAUAUCCAUCUGUUUCAAAUCAGCAACUUCAGACUACAACAGAGACUUCUUCCUCAAAACCAGAACUAGAACCAAGUAAAGAUCAGCCUUCAGCAGAUGAUGAAAACAAGAUCCAACCCAAGAAAAAAAUAUAUACAGUAAGCCCACCUCCUGAUGGAUAUGUUCCACAUUCUCCAGAAUUCACUGAUACCAGAAAAUCAGAAAAAUCGAGUAGCACUGAUGACUCAGAAGAAGAGAAUCCUCAAGAGCCACCAAAGAGGAGGAGAAGAAGAAGAAGAAGAAAGCAGAAACCAAAAAACAUUCUGCAAAGUGCCCAUAAUAUCCAUGUAGAACAAACAGAAUUUGAGAAGAAUGAGAGCCGUUUACAAGAAAAAUUACAGCCACAGCAUACAGAUGGUCCACAAAUAAGCAAAAAUAAAAAAAGGAAACUGAAAAAAAAACAACAAAAAGAGAGGAAAAGAGCAGCUGGCCUGCUAACAAGAGCCACUGCCAUCACUUUUACCUACCAACCUGAGAGCAACAGUGAAGAAGAAGAUUUUAAAGAUACCGAGGAAAAAGCAGAUGGCAUCCUAGACUUCUUGAAGGCAACACAAGAAAUUUAUUUCUCUGACAGUAAUAUUAAAUCUUCUGGUUCAGUUGCUUGUUUGGAAACUAUCCAGGAGGUUUUUAAACAUCUUGAGUUUCAUCACAUAGCUUCCUCAGAUAUUAUACUUUUGCACCAGAUGAAAACUCUGGUACUUUUACAAGAUAUCGAGAGAUUGAAGAGUGCUUUGGAACAAUUCAAAGAACAGUGCAUGAUGCCUCCUGAUCAUGCAAGAGAAAUUGCAACUCUCUUUCAUUAUUGGAUUACUGAUAUCCUUCCAAUAAGGAACCAGGAAAUAAGGUCCGGAGGCUCAUCUACAAAGAGUUAAAAUUUAAUAAUAGGGAAAAGCCUGAAAGAAGAAAUAUGAAAUGUCUGAGAACUCUAUUGAAGUUGCCAAAAUAGGCUUUAAAAAGAAAAAAGUUCUAUAUUUUUAGUGUUAAUCAAAUACUGUAAAUUGGUAAGGUGUGUCUGUUAGUUUGCUUGUACAACGUAAAUACUAAGUCUGACCUAAGACUUUAAAUGUUAAAAUCAGGAUAUUAGAAUUGAAAUGUUAUUUAUACAUUUAAUUUUUUCAAAGUAUAGAUCUUCAAUUAACAUUGAGAUUCUUUUUUUUUUGUUUGUUUGCUAUAAACAAAACAUAAAAGUAUAUAUUCUUUGUGGAAUCAAAUCAAUUAUUGUCUUGAAGCUACAAUAAAUUUUGUAAAUGUCAAAAUCA